CACAGUGAAUGAUAAGACGUCACAGACAGUUGAAUCAUUACGGAGACCUGGGCGGGUUUUAUGUUUACAGUUGUGCUGUACGGUCAGCAUUCAAAUGACUCUGCAUGUGCACGUAAACUCACGAUGGAAUUUGCUUGUGGGUUUGUUUAUGUGCCACCAUCAGUGACUCAGAAGGACAGCCAACGAUCCAAUACCAAUGUCAUUAAACGCUCAGCUCUUCUCCCUCCUGUUAACUGGAUACGUCCUCGCACACCUCCACCUCCUCCUCCAACAAACUCUGCAGAAGCCAAAUCACCUAAAUCCCUCCCAUCCCCUCCCAAGGUUAUUGAACAGUUGGAAAAGAGCAGGGAAGUGAAGAAGGUUGUGAAGCCCACCCCCUUCUAUGAAAAUGCAGCAUUUCACAGUAAAUUGAACACAGCUUCAUUCAUCCCUCCAACUCCUCCUCAGCUGGUCCCAACACCUCCUCGAAAAACAGCUCUUCUUCCACCACACAUGAGACCUGCAGGGAACAGCCAGUCCAAUUCUUACAGCCAGCCACUCCCUUGCCCCAACACCAACAGUCAGACAUUUACCUAUGACCUCCCUAAAAGUGAACCGGAUUUAAAUGCACAACCAACGGACGCAAACUACUCAUACACCACACCAGAAGGUACGGGCCUCCAGGUGAAGCUACCAGCUGAUAUCUGCAGCAUUUCGGCCCAGACAUUAGCCCCACCACUUCCUCCCAGACCUUCAUUUAUGAAGUCAAUGCCAGAUUACCUGGUUCUGUUACCUGCAUCCCACUCAUCUCCCUCAUCAUCCAGAAAAUCACUUUCAGACCCGUCACUUGUCUCAUCACCUACUAGUGAAGGAUCGGCAGAUAAGGGGCUCCUGCCAGGGAAUCCUAAUGUGGUCCUUGUCAGUUUAGGAAAAUUACUCUCAGAGGAAAGAGUGCAGACCAUACAAGGAGAACCUACCUCCUGCUCCCAGUGUGGAUCUGUGCUGGACUCCUGCUAUGACAAUGUGGUUGAUGUGUGUUACUUCUGUCAGCCCUGUGAGUUGACCAGCCCUCCCAGUAUACCACAGUGUCCUCUAACUGGUUACCAGGAUGGCCUCUUUUUGCUCAGCCCUGAUGAAAAGCCCCUGUGCGCUGCGGACGCUCUGCUGCUCUUCUGCAUCGACAUCUCGGGGUCCAUGAGCAUCACCUCCCAGGUGUCACUGAAAGACACGGUUCUCCACAGAUCCCGUCUACAAUUUGUCCAGGAAGCCGUAUUGCAGUGUGUUCAUAGUCUAAGUGAACAACAACCUGACAUACGAGUGGGACUCAUCACCUUCAACCAUCAGGUGACAUUGCAUGGAUAUGAAAAUUUCACAUCCCUUUUCCUGAGUGAUGCUGAGUUGGCUGACAGCGACUAUCUGAAAGAGGCUGCAGCCAGUUUCCCCAGUCCUCCUCCUCUCUCACAGACCAAGGACUACUUACAGAGAGAAGUUCAGGGAUUAUCUGAAAGUGGGGCGACAGCUCUUGGUCCAGCUGCUCUCCUGGCGAUUGCAACAGCCUCCAGACUGCCAGGAUCCAAGGUGAUUAUCUGUACAGAUGGGAAGGCCAACACAGACUUGGGGAAUUUGGAGGUAGAGGAUAAUGAUGCUCGCACCCUCCUCUCAUCCACCAUCUUCUACCAGGAGCUGGGGGAAUAUGCUGCCAAUCAGGGUGUGACAGUGUCUGUGCUGUCCAUUGAGGGAACAGACUGCAGGUUGGAUGAGCUGGGAAGACUCGCUGAUCGAACUGGAGGGAAAGUGGUGAUAGCAAGUCCUAGAAGGUUGCACACAGAGUUGGAACAAAUGAUUGAGAACAGGACCAUAGCGACACACUGUACUGUCACAUUACUGCUGCCUCAGUCACUGCGUAUGAGAGGAGAGAAGGAGUCAGGACACAAAGGGACCAAAGAGGUGGGGAAUGUGGACCCAGAUACAGAGAUCACCUUCCAGUUUGGAGCCAAUGAACAGGACGCAGAAGUGUCUGUGCCAGCCUCUGGUAGCCGUGUGUCCAUCCAGCUGCAGAUUAGGUACAGGCGGAGGAACGGACAGACAGUGCUCAGAGUGAUCACUUCAGACCGAGAUGUUACUGAUGACAGCUCGGCAGCCCUCUCCUCUCUGUCUUUGGCCAUCAUUCAGCUCAACUCGUCACAGGCCAGCGCCGCUCUGGCUGUGAGAGGCCGCUUCCUCGACGCCAGGAUGGAGGGAGAGCUACAGAGGAAGCUGAUCGAGAGAGCAAUAGAGCAUAAUCGCAGUGCAGAGGACGAACAGACAUACCAACAAUGGGUUAAAACCAUGGAGCCAAUAUACAGCAACAUACAUAACUUCACAAGGAGAAAAUCUGUCAUUUCAGACUCACAGUCUCUAACAGACGCUGGUGCAGCACUGCUCUAUACCAUGAAGCACAGCAACAGGAAGUCUAUCUCACUGAAGAAUAAACAUAAACUCUAACAGUCAGCCUCCACCUUUUACCUCGUUGGAAGCAACUCAAGUCAUGAAUGACAAGGACAAAUGCUGCCGUUUGACUAUCUGGCUGAAAAUAAUGUUCAAAUACUUCCCAAUGUAAAUAAUGUAUGACAGUAUAUCAACAUAAAACAGUGUCAUUUGUAUCAUAGACA